CGUUCAUUGAUGUGAUAUAUUUAUUGAAACAACUUGGACACGCCAAACCUACGAACGUCAAAAAACUGUCGUACAGUUUUCUAUACGUUGACCAAAUUAGCUCAUUUGAAGCAAAAAACUAAGGUGGAUGUUUUAAAAAACCGGACAACUUCGUGCUAACGCAUACUUAAUCAUAAAAUAAAAAUGAGGCUCUGUCAAAGAUUAGUGACCGCUACAGUUAUGGGUAUGUUUGUUUGUAUUUUAAUAACAAGGGAAUUGAAGCAUAAGUCUUCAAAGAAUACUAGGAAGAUGAGUAUUAGAUAUGAUGAUAGUUGGUUCAAAUCAAGUUACAUCAUUAACGAGGAAAGUAUUUGUCGGGAUACUAAUGCGGACAUACUAUUCUACAUCCAUACUGCGCCGAAUCAUAAGAACCACAGGGAUAUAAUACGUUCAACCUGGGGAGGCAAGAAGCAGUAUAGGGAUUACAAAAUUACAAUGGUGUUCUUAUUAGGACAUAGCAAUGACGAUCAAAUCAAUGAGGGUAUACAUAAUGAAAGCACCAUUCACCAUGACAUCAUACAAGGGACCUUCAGAGACACCUAUCUUAAUCUUACAUAUAAGGCUAGGAUGGGGCUAAAUUGGGUCAAUGCCUAUUGCUCAAAUGCAAAGUUCAUUAUUAAGACAGAUGAUGAUGUAUUUGUAAACAUUCCGAUUCUCAUUAAACAACUUGAGGAACUGGAGAUAAAGAAUGAGACAAAAAACCUAUUGAUGUGCAGGGUGAUAUAUGGAGACAGAGUCAUCCGAAAUGAACUACAUAAAAAUUACGUCUCGGAAGAUGAGUAUGAUGUUCAUGAACCAGAUAUAUAUCCCGAUUUUUGCCCAGGAAUGGCCUUUGUGCUUUCGAGAAAUGCCUUGAUGAGGAUACACACAUUGCUUAACUACACAAGGUUUCUUAAAGUGGAUGAUGUUUAUAUAACAGGGAUUCUAGCCAAAAAGGCGGGAAUAAAGCAUAAAGACAGCACCAAAUUGACAGGGAUUGACGGACUUUGGGGAAUCAAGUUGCCAUGGGAAGAAUAUAAGGAUUUAGACAGAUCACGCUUGAAUCAAUACAUGUUUAUUCUCGUAGAAGGAAAGCCAGAGAGCAUAGGUGAAAUUUGGGAAAACAUGCAAUUUUGAUUAAUAGAGAUUGCUUGAUAUCAUCUAAAUAAUUAAGAGGACUAGGCAUGCAAAACAUGGCACGUGAUAUAGCAGAAAAAACUGGGAUCAAGAAAAUGACGCUAUUUGCUCUUAGGUUCCAAUACACCAUUGGAAAGCCUAAGGUCAGCGUCAACUUUAAGGAUCUGACCUCUCAGAUAUUUGCUAGUGCAAAGUUGAAAAAUGAACCCAUUCAUUUGUCUCAUUAGUCACGUUACAGUACACAGAGACGAUUUUACAAAAGAUCGUAGGAAAAUCAUAGCUGGAGGCCUUAUUCACAAUUAUAGCUAUAUCAGGAGGAGUGAGUAGCUCCCAUAAUUCUUUCAUAUUCUAUCGUAUUCGGGGAUUCCCCAUUACAUCAUCUCUUGCAUCAUCUCCAAUCAAAUUGCAGGAUUCGAUCACGUGAACAAUCAUGGGCACAUGCUCUCUCAGUGCUGCGCAUGCGCAGAGUUAAAUUUUAUAUCGUGAGAAUGGCGUUUACAUCAGUUCAACAUCGUCAUUUCAAACCUACGGUAAUAUUAUUGAAGUUACUCGAUCCAUACUUGUAGAGAAUACUCAUAAAACUACAGUGAACAUUUGGAGAUCCAUUUCAACGGAAAAUCGAGGCCUGUUUAUAAAAUUUGUUUUCGAACGUGCUAAUAUGAUAGGGCAUCUUUGGGAAUUCUCCCCCCCCUGAGCUAUAUAGUGAUUUGGACAUGGUGCUAUAGCAUUCAGCAGUUUUAGCAAUUUCUUUCCAUUCACAAUUCACUUUGAGAAGAAAUCUGCUUUUGUUCAAUACUUGAUCAAAUACAAAACAUUCAAAUGCAAAGAAGCUUGCUUGAAUGUCAAUAAAGGGGGGGGGGUGUAUAGAGGGUCUUGGAAAUGCAUAUACAAUAUUUUUCAGCUCUCUUAUAC